AACAAGGAGUGUAAGAUUAGUGAUAUGGGGGUAUGGGAGGGAGAUAAAUGGUGCUAGAAAAUGGAAUGGAGGAGAGAGAGAAUAGGCAGAGAAAAGGAUGAGGAGGAGAAAUUAAGGGAAGGAUUGGAGAGGCUACAAUUAAAGAAGAGAGCAGAAGACAGAUGGAGGUGGACUCAUGAUUCGGAGGGCAGAUACGGGGUGAAGAAUGCUUAUGAUUUUUUAGCCCCAAUAGAGUGUGUUCUAGACAAGCAGUGGAGUAAGCUAAUUUGGUGUAAAUUAGUACCCUCAAAAGUGUCUUUCUUUGGGUGGAGAUUGAGCCUCGAUAGGCUUCCAACUAAAUGGAAUAUUAGGAAGCAAGGAGUACCUUUGCAGGAAGAGGAGUUAAAAUGUGUGUUGUGUAAGGACAAGGUGGAGGAAGUUAAUCACUUGUUUAGUAUGUGUAAGGAAGCAUGGAUUUUUUGGGUUGAGGUGCUACAAUGGUGGGGCAUGGUGACUGUUUUGCCUAAUAACGUGCUAAGUGUGGCAGACAUUUUUGUGAAUGAUUUGGGUAGGAUAAUAGGGAAGGAGAUGGGUGCUUGUAUCUUCCUUGUGGCUACAUGGUAUUUAUGGUAUUGGAGAAAUGGUGAAGUGUUUAACAAUGGAAAGAACAUUAGAGGAAGAUUAAUGGAAAUGGUCCAAGCCAAAUCAUUUUUCUGGAUUAAGAAUAAGAUUCAUGGGUGUGUCUUUUCAUUUCAUGAAUGGAAGAUAAAACCAGUUGAAUGUGCUCUAUCAGUCAGAAAAUAUAAACAAAUGCAGAAAUUGUUCCAUAAACAGCAGAAAGGAAGGGGUACAACUCAAAGUCUGGAGAGGUACGUGGCUUUUCUCCUCAUUGCGAGACAAAAGUAAGUACAGUUGUUAUAUGCAUGAUGAAAGUCGUUACCCUGAUUAUGUAUAGGGCUUUUUGAGAUGCUAAUAACUCU